UCAGGAGUACCGUUAGCAGGAAAUCAAGCUUGAGAUCAUUUCACUUUCAGGCGAAACAAAGAAAAUAUAUUGUAAGAGGCGAACGGCUGAAAAUAGGUCUUCGUACUCACGUUCAAAGUAACGUUUGUUUCCUCGAGACCGGAAGGAGACUACUUAGCGCCGUUUUUCUCAUGGGAAAAAGUUUCUGCUGGUCUCCUUAACUAGUCAACAGAUUUACGCUGCUAACUUUUUUGAAACCCAGAACCGGACGUUAAAGCAAGGAAAGAUGCCGAAAACGAUUAGUGUAAGAGUCACCACAAUGGAUGCUGAACUGGAGUUUGCCAUUCAGCCCAAUACAACAGGGAAGCAACUCUUUGACCAGGUUGUUAAGACCAUUGGGCUACGGGAGGUUUGGUACUUUGGACUCCAGUACCAGGAUACAAAGGGUUUCUCUACAUGGCUCAAGCUCAAUAAGAAGGUGACAGCCCAGGAUGUGAGGAAGGAAAGCCCACUGUUGUUUAAGUUCCGUGCCAAGUUCUUCCCUGAGGAUGUGUCAGAGGAGUUGAUCCAGGAUGCCACACAGCGUCUGUUCUUCCUGCAGGUGAAGGAGGGAAUAUUAAAUGAUGACAUCUACUGCCCUCCAGAGACAGCAGUCCUCCUGGCUUCUUACGCGGUGCAGGCCAAGUAUGGCGACUAUAAUAAGGAAGUGCACACACCAGGCUAUCUGUCCAGUGAACAGCUGCUCCCUCAGAGAGUUCUGGACCAGCACAAACUCAACAAGGACCAGUGGGAGGAGAGGAUUCAAGUGUGGCAUGAAGAGCACAAAGGCAUGAUGAGAGAGGAAUCCAUGAUGGAGUAUCUGAAGAUUGCUCAAGACCUUGAGAUGUAUGGAGUCAACUACUUCAGCAUAAAGAAUAAGAAAGGAACAGAACUGUGGUUGGGAGUGGAUGCUCUGGGACUCAACAUUUAUGAACAAAAUGACAAAAUGACGCCCAAAAUUGGAUUUCCUUGGAGUGAAAUAAGGAACAUCUCCUUCAGUGACAAGAAGUUUGUCAUUAAACCAAUUGACAAGAAAUCACCUGAUUUUGUAUUCUAUGCUCCGAGACUGCGCAUCAAUAAGCGCAUUCUCGCUCUGUGCAUGGGCAACCAUGAGCUGUACAUGCGCCGCCGCAAACCUGACACCAUUGAAGUACAGCAGAUGAAGGCUCAGGCUCGAGAGGAGAAGAACCACAAGAAGAUGGAGAGAGCUCUGCUGGAAAAUGAAAAGAGGAAAAGAGAACUUGCAGAAAAGGAAAAGGAAAAGAUUGAAAAGGAAAAGGAGGAGCUAAUGGAGCGAUUAAAGCAGAUUGAGGAGCAGACUAAAAGAGCCCAACAAGAGUUGGAGGAGCAAACACAGAAAGCUCUGGAGCUGGACCAGGAGAGGAAGCGAGCGCAGGAGGAGGCUGAACGCCUGGAGAAUGAUCUAAGGAGUGCUGAAGAUGCCAAGGUGGCGCUGCUGCAACAGUCACAGAACCAGAUGAAGAACCAAGAACACCUGGCCACAGAAUUGGCUGAGCUGACCUCAAAGAUUUCCCUCCUGGAAGAUGCCAAGAAGAAGAAGGAAGAUGAGGCAGUACAGUGGCAACAGAAGGCCACCAUGGUGCAGGAGGACCUGGAGAAGACCAAAGAAGAGCUUAAAAACAAAAUGACAGCUCACGUUCAAGAGCCACUCAACGCAGAGAAUGAGCAUGAUGAGAAUGACGAGAGCAACGCUGAGGCCAGCGCUGAGUUCACAUCUGCAGCCACAUACAAGGACCGAAGUGAAGAGGAGCGUACGACCGAGGCCGAGAAGAAUGAACGUUUGCAGAAACAUCUACUUGCUUUAAGCUCUGAGUUGGCCAACGCUCGGGAUGAGAGCAAGAAAACGGUGAAUGACAUGAUCCACGCAGAGAACAUGAAAGCUGGACGAGACAAGUACAAGACCCUCAGACAGAUCCGGUCAGGAAACACCAAACAGCGCAUUGAUGAGUUUGAAUGCAUGUGAUGCAUGCAUUCACCAAUGCAAAAGCCCGCAGACCUGGGUCAUUCUGCUUGGACUGCAGUCCUGCCUCACUUUUUCUCUCACUUACGUUUUCUCUGUAUGCAAAUAAAUCGGAUCCACAACCUGACAUGGCUGCACAAACACAGCAAAAUGUACAAAUAUAGGUCUGGAAAAUUCCAUUUGUCAUUCCUAACUUUGAAUUUAGGCAAGUCACUGGUCAAAAAGGGACAUACUGUAUUUUAUUAGUACAUUCCUCACAAGGGGUUUAUGUAGCAUUUUAGUAAUGGGCUCACACUGCAUUCCAUGACACAUUAUGGAAGCACUUCUGAUUUCUCUCUACAUUUGUCACAUUAUUGAAUCAUGAUUUAAAAUUAAAGGACAUGGAGACCAAGCCUAAUUUCAGUUUUGCCUGUAGACAUUUCUCUGCUGUAUACAUGCAAUUCACACAGUAUUAGCUCUCCCAUGAUGCAUUGCAUAUAAAUUUAAAACCAAAUGCACUAUAAUCUACAAUAUGACUGAAAUGUCUGGGUGUAGCAUAAAUAGAGAUGUUUUUGUGUAAAUUUUACUUUUCAUUUGACCAUACUCGAUCUGUCAACUGUUGCCAAUCAUACAGUAUUUACACUCCACUCAAUGUGAUUAAAGAACAAUUUGACUUAAA